CUGAACGACGGAUCGCGCCUCGCGUUACAUUUCAUUCAUUCAUCAAGGUCCGCAGGGGCCUUUCAACACCAAUCACACUCCGACCACCUCAAGCAGCCACCGAAAUUCCGGCUUCAAAUCGACCGGAGUGUGUGUCGCACGCUUCUUGCCAGCUUUGAGUAUCUACUUUCAAGAGGCCGGCCACAUUUUGCCGCAAAAGCAUUGCUUUCCUCCAAGUCCGUUGUGCACUUGCAUCGAUUCGACAACCUCAGAAAGUUCUCGACAACUGCAACUGCGAUUCAUAUACCGCUUCCCUACGACGGCCUGCCCGCGUACAUUCCAGUCAUUCUCGAGCACAAUGGAUCCUCCACAACAACCACCACCUCCCAAGCGGCUGCCCAGCCUUAAGAUAACCAGCGGCGCAUCCAGUUUCUCCGCCGCCGCCGCUUCUUCAACCAUUACCCCAAAUUCAUCAUUUCAACAGACCAUGUCGCCAGCCCCACUCACACCAUUACAAGGUCCGGCCAAGAUCAAGCUUGUGUCCAAAUCACAACCCUCGACUCCGGCCGACUCUCACCCGCCAGCACUUGUGCCUGGGCCAAUCAUCAAUGCCACAGCGGACGGAGUAGGGAAAGAUCCGACUGCCCCAAAACUGACCCAAACGAAGGCAGGGAGGGUCAGCAAACCUUCGGCGAAAAAGCGGAUAAGAGACGAGGCCGAAGAGGACGAAGACCUGCCACUCGCCAAUAAGACGGAUCACCGGGCGAAGAAGACAAAGAUUACUCUCAGGACUCCGGGUCCCACAAGGCAGCCGACACUAAAGCUCAAGCCCGUUGGGCGGAUUCCCCAGAAGCCGCUCGGCGAGGGUUACGAUUCGGAGGCGGAGGAUCGCGAGGAGGACCCGGUCAUUGAGGAGCAGUUCAUCUUCCGCAUGAUGCCCGGCGAGCACUGCGAGUACCUGCGGCAAGCAGUCCAAAACAAGCAGAUAGGUCUUCCAAAAGCACAAGGGGGCGCGGAUUUUCAACUAAAAUGGUUGGACGAGGAAGGCCGGCGGGCCGUGGUGACGGUCAAGGGCCAGAUGUACGCCGCCGCCCUAUUGGAUCUGCCCACCGUCACGGAGGGCAUGAAGACGUGGGACAAGAAGUCAAUGGUCAAGUCAGCAGACAUUUGUCAGAUACUGCUAGUCUUUGCGCAGGUCGGCAGCGAGGAGGAGGCCAAGACGGCACCUGUGCCGGAGCGAGCCGAUCAUUAUAGAUGGCCGCACGGUCUCACACCGCCCAUGCACGAUGCCCGGAACCGCCGGUUCCGCAAGCGCCUGAGCAAGCUGGAGAUCAAGAACAAGGAAGCCGAGGUGGAGCGGCUGCUUGCGGCUGACCGUGAUGCAAUAAGCGUCCGGACCGAGUGGAUCGAUAGCAAACAGCAUGCCGCAGCGGACGACGAGGAAGAGGAGUCGGAAGAGGACGCGGAGGGGGAAGCAGACGAUUACUUUGGCGAUGCCAAUGCGGAACAGCUGGGUCAAGAAAAAGAAGAAGAGGAGGAGGAGUUCGACGACGCCGCCCUCGAAGCCGAGUUCCUGGAAGCGCCUGAGACGCCGGCUAUCGCCACGCCAGCGGCCGUUACUGACGCUCUCACACCUAGCGCCGCCAAUGCCCCAACACCUCAGCCGCAGAUUGAGGAAGAGGCAGGCGGCGCUGAGGAGGAAUCUGCGGAGGACGAGGAGGAAGAUGACGAAGACGAGGGAGAUGAAGAUGAGGAGGAAGAGGAGGAAGAAGAUGAAAGGGGCGAAGACGAGGGGGAGGCCGCCAUACGAAACGAAAUUGCCAGCCUGAAGAAGCGUCUCCGGGACUACGAGGUGCAGCUUGCGGCCUCAAAAACGAAUCUCAUGAGGAGGCGACUCGAGGCCAACAUUCGAAACAUAAAGUCCGAAAUUGAUCUCAAAAAGUCGGCCAUUGGCGAGACAGAGGAGGAUUAGGUCUGUCUGCGGACUCUGUUAUGGGCAAUUCUGCUGGAAGGUGUAGCGAAUUGUGGAUCGGUUUUGCUCUGGGGCGGGGGAAGAAGCAUCGACGAAGGAAUUCAGCUGCGACAUACCGAUAACGGUAGCUAUACCCGGUAUUGAUCAUAAUUAUGACAGAAAUGUGUUGAUGUCUGUUAGUUCAGAGCGCCUGUCCUUGAGGCACGGAUAGUACCCCAUGAACAGGUGCAAAACCAUUACCAGAGUCUAUGCCAUGGUGUAUCUGUG